AUGAUCGAAAAGUAUUUUGCGAAUGAACUUCACGACCGAUUGAAGAGGGAAUACCUUAGCGAAGGAUGUUUGUUUUGUUUGCNGUUUGCAGCUACUGUGAAAGCCAGUGUAGCAUCGUCGUUCAGUUAUCUGCUUCGUGAUACCAAUGGCAAUAUUGCAACAGUUGAAUUGUGCUCACCAAUGCUAAGAUCAAAGCAGCAACAGAACGUUAGAAACCCAAAAGAUGAUCUGAUACCAGAAUUGACUGGAAAAGCUAUGCUGAUAGAGAAUAUACUGGUUGAACUGGAAAGUAAAGUUCCUGGCCAGAAUCGUUUCACCUAA